AUGUCCGGGGAUGAAAUUGAUCCAACCGUAUCACGCUUAAAUAAACAGCCUGACAAAUUAAAAUUGUACUACAAGUUAAUACAACAACAACAACUUGACAAUAAGUUCAUUGAGAUCGUCAAGAAUGAUAACCCUAAGGAGGGAAAUUAUUUGCCCCAUCACACCAUUCUGAAGGAUUCAGUUACCACACCUAUCAGGAUUGUGUUUAACUGCAGUGCUAAGGCAAAGGUAAAUGAUACCUUGCUGAAUGACUGCCUUCAAACUGACCUGAGUCUGACUCAAAGACUCUUUAAUGUGCUGUUACGGUUCCACAUCGAGACUUAUGCCUACACUUCUGACAUAAGGAAGGCAUUCCUUAGGUUAGGUCUCCAAGAGGAAGACCAAAACCAAACAAAGUUUCUCUGGAUUAAGGAUCCUAAUGAUCCACAUAGUGAAAUCUUCACAUUCAGAUUUGCCUCAGUCUUGUUUGAGGCUACUUCUCCGUUUCUGCUUUAUGUAACAUUAGAUACGCAUUUGAAGAAGCCCCUUCGCCCUCACAAGACUGAGAUUAGCAAAAAUCUGUAUGUGUAUAAUUUCCAGGGGACUUUCAGUGACGAUUUUAAGCUAAUAGAAAUGUAUCACUAG